AUGGCUGCGAGUAUCAAACUGGGCAGGCAGCGUCCAUUGGCGGGUCAGUGUUCGGCGUGGGGCGAUCCUCACUACAUCACGUUUGACGGUCGCCGUCACGACUUCCAGGGAACGUGUAAGUACGUCCUGGUUCGUCACGCCGACUUCACGGUGGCAGCUCGUAACGUCCACCGCCGCGGGAUGAGCCAGCGGGUGGCCUUCUGCGACCACGUGGAAGUAAACGUGCACAACUACGAGAUACAUCUCCGCAGCGGGGCGGGCAAGGAAGUGAACGGGUACCGCCGCAGCCUGCCUGUGUGCCUGGACCGGAAGGUCGCCAUCUCCGUGAGCGGUAGAUACGUGAAGAUCCAGACGGACCAGUGUCUGUCUGUCCUGUACGACGGGAGACACAGCGUCAUUAUCAGGCUUCCUACGACGUACAAGGGCAAGAUUAGCGGAAUGUGCGGAAACUAUAACGGCCAAUCGAACGACGAUAACCUCAUGCCGACAGGACAGGUCGCCUCUACCUCCCUUCUGUACGGCAACAGCUGGAUCGCCCCUGAUGAUGACACGUGCCCCGAUACACGACCUCAGGACAACUUUGACUCCAACGACAUCACGGCUUCAGACAGACAGCUGUACGGGCGACCUGAUAAGUGCGGCCUUCUUCAGCUACGAACUGGACCAUUCGGGGCUUGUAUCUCGGUGCUGAACCCGGCGACGUAUUUCGGGUCCUGCCUGUUCGACAUGGCUGCUGACCGCGGGGAUGAGGACAUGUUGUGUGAGAAUCUGGAGGCGUACAGCGACGACUGCACAGCGAAGGGGGGGAAGCCCGGGAGGUGGAGGACUGCAAACCGCUGUCCGAUGCCGUGCCCUGCUCACAGCCACUACGACCCGUGCGGCUCUGCCUGCCCGCUGACAUGUACGGAGCCCAACCCGCGGGCCUGCGUCAGGAUAUGUGUGGAGUCGUGUGUGUGUGACCAGGGCUACAUCCUCAGCGGGUCCGUCUGUGUACCCAGAAGCAGCUGUGGGUGCUCCAGCAACGGGAACUAUUACCAGAAAAACGAAGUGUGGAGAUCUGGGAACCAAAUCUGUAAGUGUACCAACGGUAGGAUCACCUGUGAGGCCGAACCAAGUGGAACCAUACCUACUGAAAUAGGAGGUACGAGUUGGGACACGUGUCCAGGGUCCCUUUCUUUCGUCACCAUCGGCUGGAGCGGCGUGUGGGGCGUGAACUCCCGCGGCGUGGUGUUCUACCGGGUCGGCACGGCCGGGAAGGAGGGUCACUUCGGGAAGGAGUGGAAGCAGAUAGACGGGAACCUAGCCCAGAUCAGUUCCGGCAAGGGCAUCGUCUGGGGGGGCAUCACGGAUAAGGUAUGGUACGGCAAGGUAUGGAGGCUGGUGACAGGACAGCCGCUGAGGUCGGUGUGCGUCAGUUCCUCCAGCAACUUCGUCUGGGGCGUCAGCACGACUGGCACCGUCUGGAGAAGGACUGGGAUAACAACCAGCAACCUCAUUGGGACGGGUUGGCAGCAGGUACCCGGCGGAUCGGCCAUACGAGGCGGCCUGUCGCACGUGUCGAUCGGGUACUGUGGCGUGUGGGGAGUGACCUCUAGCGGCGUGAUCUGGCACCGCAGCGGGACGUACGGCGGGAAGGGCUCGGCGGGAACAGGCUGGGUCCAAGUCACGGGGUAUCAGCUGGUCAGCAUCAGCGUGGGUUACAACGUGGUGUGGGGAGUGAGCACCAUUGGACAGGUCUUCAUCAGGAUCGGGAUAAUGGCCCAGACACCGCAGGGAACAGCCUGGCGAUUGGUCGGAGGAAGCCUUACCCAGAUCUACGUCAGUUCGUCGUCCAAUCGCGUGUGGGGAUGCGGGCUGAGUCAUCACAUCUACCUCCGUGUGGGAAUCAGCUGGAGCUCCGGUCGUGAGGACGUUCCCGUGGACGGGUCCAAGAGCGUGCAGCAGCGUAACUUCCCGUCAGUACGGCAGUUCAUCCUGAAGCUUGCGGCGGGGUUCGAGAUCGGACCCAGCAAGGCCAGGAUCGGCGUGUACCAGUUCGCUAAGGACAUACAGACGGAGUUCAAGAUGAACCAGUACAACAGCAGAGCGGUGCUGGACGGGUCCAAGAGCGUGCAGCAGCGUAACUUCCCGUCAGUACGGCAGUUCAUCCUGAAGCUUGCGGCGGGGUUCGAGAUCGGACCCAGCAAGGCCAGGAUCGGCGUGUACCAGUUCGCUAAGGACAUACAGACGGAGUUCAAGAUGAACCAGUACAACAGCAGAGCGGUGCGCUAG